GCGCCACCUAUUUGCAUUGUAGGUCGGUGCUUCAACAAACGUUGUGUAGCGUCUUGAGUUGUGUCUGUAUGUAAAGUAUACACAAUAAAGCUGUAAAAGGGCAUAAGCUAAAUUGGAUUAUCAUCAAUGAUCAAGCCGAAAAUAACAAAAGUGGGGUUUGAAGAACAUUGCCAGAAACGGUUAAAUUUACCUGACUUUAACUCCUGGUCCUCUGGCUCACUCUUUUACUGGAAGUAGUCGUUUGAAACUUUCAUCUUUCAAGAUGGAUUCGGACAUGGCAGCCGAGAUGGCUCGGUUUGAAGAGGAAAUUGCAUCCGGGCCAGCUCUUCCUCCAUCCUCUUCAUUCCCUCCUCGUGAUGGUGAUAUGCCCUCGAGGAUGUUCCUACCUCACUCAGUCCGAGGAAGGAACAAGGAAAGCUCCAAUCAAAGCACCGAUUUUCAUUCGGCAAUUGAAGAAAACUCAAAAAAUGAAAGUGGAUUUAAUGGAAGUAAUAAUGGACCACCAAGACCUGGUGGUUCUAUGGGCCCGGGGCCAAUGAAUCGUGGUCCACCUAUGGGACCCCGUCAAGGUGGACCUAUGGGUCCUGGUGGUCCUAUGGGUCCAGGGCCAAGUGGUCCUAUGGGUCCUGGGGGUCCCAUGCGCCCUGGUGGUCCUAUGGGCCCUGGGGGACCAAUGGGCCCAGGACCUAACAUGAUGCCACGAAAUAUGAAUAACUUUGGGCCGAACAUGGAUGGUGGAUCAAUAGGUCCUCAACCUCCUCCAAUGCCGGGUUUCUUCCCUCCUCCUGUUCUUCCGGACUUUACCGACCUUCUUCCGGUCCCAGAAUCAAAACCAGUGUACUCCUCAGCUCCUGUAAUAACAAAGCAGCCAACAGUAAAACGAAAAGCAGAGAAAGCAUCGAAAAAGGAAAAAAAGAAGUCUAAAUCCUCGAAAGACGGAAACAAUGCUGAAGGAGUUCUUGUUGGACAACCGGAAGUCACCAUGCCAGUAGUAGCAGAACCUGUAAAACCACAAGUUCAAAUUGUCCCUCCACCAGCAUUCAAUCAACAACCAUAUGGAACACCACCUUUGAUGUCUCUGUACCAACGUAACCCGCCCACAACCUCCAAUCAACAAGGUAAUAAAAAUCUACAGAAGAAAAAAAAGAUCAUACGAACUGCUGCAGGACAGAAGUGGGAAGAUGCUACUUUGCAAGAAUGGGAUCCUAACGAUUACAGAAUAUUCUGUGGCGAUCUUGGUAAUGAAGUAACUGAUGACACAUUGGCGAGAAUAUUUAGCAGAUUUUCUUCGUUUCAAAAAGCAAAAGUAAUUCGAGAGAAGGGGUCAAAGAAGAGCAAGGGGUAUGGCUUCGUUAGUUUUAAAGAUCCAAACGACUUCAUUCGUGCGAUGCGGGAGAUGCAGGGGAAGUAUGUUGGGAAUCGACCGAUUAAACUCAGGAAGAGCAACUGGAGGGAUAGAAACGUGGAUGUUGUGAGGAAGAAGGUGAAGGAGAAGAAGAAACUUGGAUAUAAAGUUUGAUCUUUUAAUGAUGGAGUAAAAGAUGAAGAUGCAAGUGAAGUGGAAGCACGGAUGACUUUAUACAUAAAUCAAAACUUUGUUCGUUUUAGGUGAAAUUUACAGCAAAAAUUAAUAAGAUACAGGUUUUGGACUUACAAAAGCAGCAUCGGCUGUUUUGUAUUUACAACUUUAUAAAAAUGUGGACUUCCUGUAAACUAAUAUAUCAAUGAUUUUAAUUUAAUGCAAUGUGUAGCAUUGUUAGGAACUUCAUCACUUUAUAAAGUACUGAGAUUUCCCUGUCCGCUACUAUACAUGUUACCAUUGACAAUUUUUUCAUGGUAG